AUGUUCGCCAGAGUCCCCUUGAGAGGUGCAAGACACUUUUCUUCGGCACUCCCAAGGUUCUCCUUCAUAGGGAAAGCUCCUGUGCGGUUAUCUGAGGGCGUGGAAUGCUUUACCGAGGAGAUUCCCUUUGAAUUCUGUAAGUCCUUCACCAAAGGUAAAGACACCAUCACUUUGAAUAAACAGAUCGUGGUUAAAGGUCCCAAAGGUGUGAUGAAAUUGGCUGUUCCGGAGUUCGUAUCUAUUGCCAAGGACCACGACCAGGUCACCGUGAGCGUUGCUAAUCCAGAAGAUAAGAUCCAGAGAUCGUUGUGGGGAACAUCGAGAGCUUUGAUCCAGAACCACGUCAUUGGUACAUCCGAGGGACACUUGGCGGUUGUUAAAUUUGUCGGUACCGGUUACAGAGCUUCCAUUGAAAAAGAUGGUGAAGAUUCCUAUGUUGCAUUGAAGGUUGGCUAUCCAUAUACUCCACGGUUGAAGGUCCCCGAGGGCGUGACCGUGACGUCGCCCAACCCAACCAGACUCUUAAUUGAAGGUGUAGACAAGCAGCAAGUGACACUUUUCGCUGCCAGAAUCAGAGAGUACAGAAAACCAGAACCUUACAAGGGUAAGGGUAUUUUCGUUGGCGAUGAGACCAUCAAGUUGAAGCAGAAGAAAAUCAAGUAG